UCAGAACUGUUUGAAUUGGUCUUGGGUAGGUUUUUGGCCAUCUAUGAAUACCUGUUGAGGGUUAUGUGACAAAACCCAGUUACCCAGCGACGUAAUCCUCCUAUAACCAAAACAAAAUCCUCAAUUUGAAAUUCAUUAGAAACUCCUAAUCCUCCGCUCCUGUAAGAUGAGCGCAACAUACUGUGACAAACAUCUGCUUCACACCCGUAGUUUCUACUUAUCACCACCAAAAAUCCUUCGCCAACAACAAAAUUUGCGUGUAGUAGAAAAGAAGAAAUGGAAUGGUCAGAAUCGGAGAUUGGUACAUUUUACUUGCGGUGCAAUCAGAGCCGUUGACAUACCGCCUUGGGAUGAGACUCCCUAUGAGAUUUUACCAAAUGGAAAAAAGGCAUACUUGGAUGAGGAAGAUGUCGUUACUUUUCUUGAUCCUCCUAAAGAAUUGAUUCCUUUGGACCCUCAUUCUUACAAUCCAGCUACUUAUCUUUGGAAAAAAAUUGAGGAUGUUCCUGAAGAUAGGCGCCAUAGAUUGUUGUCCUUGCUGAAACCUAGGCUUAUAUCAAGAGCAUGGCAGAUAGCUGGCACCCGGUAUGAGGAUCCUAAUUUGGCCAAGAAAUGUGCAUCCAACGUGCUAUGUUGUAGAGGUGGGGAAACAUCAAUUGAGUUUUAUAAUUGCCGAAGCAGUGGAGGACCUUGGCCUAUUGCUUGGAUGAAAUCCUUCAAGAAGGCUAUAUUCCAUUGCAAUGGUGGAAAGACGUAUGGGAGAUUGAUAGGUGGGUCAAUUCUGGCUCAAUUUACAAAUACCUCUAGUCCAUUAUACUUUAUGGUCACGCAACAUGGAGAAGUAAUGGCGACAGAGCAGCCAUGUGAUUUAGCUUACGAACUGGGAGACGGGCACUUGGAUCUCCAUAACUAUCCUCGAGGUUUUCCCACACCAGCAAAGCAUCCAUAUCCUUUCAACGAUCAGGUUGUUAUAUAUGUUCGUCAUGUUGGACCUGGGGUGUCGAUUGGGCAAGCAUGGCAAGAAGGAAGGAAAUUACAGCAAGUACCCAGGAAGCUAUGUAGUGAGAUUUUAAUGGUUAAAGAAUACGUUGCAUCUGUAGUAUGACAUUGAUGAAAUCUUCUUUGUCCUUUUUUGCACCAUUAUGAUGAUCUGCUGAUGGAUGGUGGAAUUCUUUAGCCUACAGUAGAGGGUUGUUGGGAAGUAUACAAGCCAAGGUUUUGUAAUGCUUUCUCUCAAGGAGUUGAAAGACGUGCUUGUAGAUUGCUUGAAAGGAGAAUAGGAGAAGAAAGAAGUUUAUGGAGAUAUGUGUUAUCCUUCUUUCCUGUUGAACUGAUUUUGAUCUUGAAUGCAGUUUCCCGCAUUUUUAAUAUAAUGUGGUAAACGUGAAUAUUUUGCGAGUCUCAGAUAUCUAUCUGUUUACACUAAUGUGGCUCAUGAAGUCCCAGUUAAGGUUGAAAAUUGAAUGGUAAAUUUGGUCUUCGGGCU